AUGGAUUGUUUACCAACGCAUUUCGGACUGGGACUGGAUAAGUCCGUCCAUGAAUGGCAGGGCAGCCCUCCCGUCUUGGAAAGUCCCUGUGGGAGCCAUCGCCGCCGCGUUUUCGCCCUCCGAAAGGUCUACAAUUCGAGCGAACCUUUUGCAAUCGGAUCAACGAAAGCGAAAAGGAUAGUUAGGGGGUCUGCUAUGCAUGCAAUCACAAUAAAUAUCUUUCCUAAGGUCCUGGUAGUGGCCCUUUGGAAUUAUGGAAUAUCAGCGAGGUGCGAAAUGGCGAAAUGGAAAGCUGCCGGCAAGGCCUAA